GCGGCAGCCACUGGCCUGCUCGCCCGGAGCUCUGAACAGAGAGCUGAAGGGGGCAAUGUGAUAUUCUCUCCCCGGACCCCUGGACACGCACACGACCAGCGACCUCAGCCUCAGAGCAUGGCAAGUCCUGAGCACCCCCAGAACCCUGGAUGGAAAAGACCCAUAUCCCAGUGCAUGGCAAGGACCGAGCCGAAAGCAUCAGCCCCUGGCCCAGACCUCCCAUGUCCAGGACCUGAAGAGCACUUAGAUGCCCACGGCAGCCCGAGCUCCAACUCCAGCAUGACCACUCGGGAGCUGCAGGAGUACUGGCGGACCCAGAAACGCUGCUGGAAGCACGUCAAACUGCUCUUCGAGAUCACUUCUGCCCACAUCGAGGAGAGGAGAGUCUCCAAGUUUGUGAUGUACCAAAUCGUCGUCAUCCAGACCGGGAGUUUUGACAGCAACAAAGCCAUCCUGGAAAGGCGUUAUUCAGACUUCGAGAGGCUCCAGAAAAAACUCCUGAAGACUUUCCGGGAAGAGAUCGAAGAUGUCGUCUUCCCCAAAAAGCACCUGAUGGGGAACUUCAGCGAGGAGAUGAUCUCGGAGCGCAAGCUGGCCCUCAAAGAGUACCUGAGCCUGCUCUACGCCAUCCGCUGCGUGCGCCGCUCGCGCGAGUUCAUCGAUUUCCUCACGCGGCCAGAGCUGAGGGAGGCCUUCGGCUGCCUGCGCGCCGGGCAGUACACCAAGGCCCUGGACAUCCUGGUGCGCGUGGUGCCGCUGCAGGAGAAGCUGACGUCCCACUGCCCCGCGAUGGUGGUGCCGUCCCUGUGCGCCAUGCUGGUGUGCCACCGCGACCUGGAGCGCCCCGCCGAGGCCUUCGCCGCCGGGGAGAGGGCCCUGCAGUGCCUGCAGGCCCGGGAGGGCCACCGUUACUACGCCCCGCUGCUGGGCGCCAUGGCCCGCCUGGCCUACACGCUGGGCAAGGACUUCGUGUCCCUGCAGAAGAGGCUGGAGGAGAACCAGCUCCGGAAGCCCGCCUCCCGGGGCUUCACCCUGAAGGAACUCACCGUCCAAGAGUAUCUGUACUGAGCCGCUCUCUGGGGACACUGGAGAUUGGGGGUCGCCAUCGCUCAGGGCGCGGUUUGGGGUUGAUUUUAAGCAGGAAGAGCCAGUUUGGGCUCCAGCUUGCGGGGUGACUCUGAACAAGCCCCUCCUCUGGACCACCGUGUCCUCAUCUCUGCUGAAUGGAGAUGCUUCUGGGCAUGCUUGGAAACCUCUGCUUGUGCCCUGUGAGCCUUUGAUGCCAGGCCCACUUCAUCUCAAAACCACACACUCAGCUGCCAAAACGCUGCAGAGUCACGUCCACCUUACUGGUGUUUCUGUUGGUAGCUGGAGGAGAGGUCUACAGUGCACAUGGCAGACAAAGCUUAAUCCGCUUGCGCAGACACAUGUCUCUUUAGCUGUCCUGAGUCUUUUCUCUUGGCUCCUCCCCCUGGACCUUGCUGGCAAAUAUUCUUGCCUAUGAUUCUAAGUAUUGUAGUUCUUCCCUCUUCGGUGUAGGCCCAACUCAGCAAAGCGAAAGGUCACCCUACUGCUUCUCAAGGCCAGCUUUCCCCCAGAAUGGGCUGAAUGUCAUCCUUCGGAGGGUGAGAGGACCCUGGGCUAGAACCAGCCAUCACUGCCUGGGGUGGGUUUUCAUUUGUAAGGCAUCUGUCCCUUGAAUGGCCUUUCUGGAUUACGUAGACAUAGCCCUGAAGGGAGGUGGGACCUCUGGGUAGAAGAGAUUGAAUGCUCGGUACCUCUGCAUUUGAAGGACAAUGGCUUGGGAUGCCCUUAACUGAAGUCUGCUGUCAGGCUCCCAAGUGAAGUGGAUUCUGGACCCAUGACCUGGGUUCAGCACAGGGCCAGGAGCUGAUGGUACAGGCUGGUUUGGGCCCCAUAUGCCUGUGAGGCUAGUAGUCAGCAGACCUAAACCAUGUGGCUGAGCUUAUCAGGGUCAACUAAAGAGGCUGUGACUUGGGAACCUUAAUGCGGGGCACCACGUUGGCCUGAGCAGAAUCUGGCUUAGCAAAGGGUCCCUGUAGCUCUGGACGGGCAUUCGCUGAACUGCACAGAAAAUCUUCAACAGCGACACCGUGUGGCAACACCUGGAGUGCCCCAACCAGGCUCCUUCCUGGAGGUUAGACACAGACUGACACCUUCAGACAAAGAAAGCCUUCAAGUAUCUCGCUUUACUGCCGGAGAAGGACACUUCAAGUGGUAGAGACUGGAUUUCUUGGAAAUCUGGGCAUGUGGAAAAUUAAAGUGUUAAAUGGAAAAAUAAAAAGA